GAGAGAGAGAGAGUACACAGUGGCACCAGCGGCGGCGGUAGCGUCAAUGCAUCUGUGUUUUCGAAUUGCCUGUCUUGAGCUGCCAAUCCACUGUACAACAUUUCCGAUUGAGACCUCACACCAGGAAUCGCCAGGAGCCUUUGAAAUCUCUCAACACAGCAGAAGGAGCUAAACGUUUCUGUUUUGGUUGCCUUUGAAAAAGAAGUCCUACAUAACAAUUGUGUUUUAACUCAGUUUCUUGAAUUUUUAAUGGAAAAAUGGCGUUCUGUGCUCAGUCCUGCAGCAUCUUCUGCUUCGUCUCAAUCCAAACUAUCCUGAUUUUCAGCGUAUCGUCGCCUGGAACGGAAAGCCUCAGUUUCCCUCAAAACUACACGAUGAUCCACUGGGCGGGACGCAUUGAGAAAGAAAUUGAAAACGUCCUUAAGCACGUCAGUGGAGCCCAGCAAAUGAGAGGGAUUUAUAAUGAGAAAAAGGGCCAGUUCGAGGUCGUGAAGAACUCCCCCAUGGAGCUUGUGGCGAAGGUGGCGGGAGAUAUUCAGGGUUUGCUGAUGAGUAAGCGGAAGGCUCUUGAGAGGCUGGCUAGAGAAGCGGAGCAGCUGCAGAAGGAACAUGUUUGGCAGGAUGGCAUUAAGGCGAGUGAUAUUGAGUACUAUGAUUCCAAGGCAGACUCAGACUCCUCAGAGUCAGAUGGUGAUGGAGAAGAUGGCUUCACUGAGGAACGCAGUUCUCUAAAACUGGAGUUUGUUGAUGAUCCAAACUUCAAGAACAAAGUCAACUAUUCCAACACAGCUGUGCAGAUCCCUACGGACAUCUACAAAGGAUCUCCUGUGAUCCUCAAUGAGCUGAACUGGACCCAGGCCUUGGAGAAGGUCUUCAUUGACAACAGCAGGGAGGACCCAUCGUUGCGUUGGCAGGUGUUUGGCAGUGCCACUGGUGUCACCAGAUACUACCCAGCCACACGAUGGAGAGCCCCCAAUAAGAUUGACCUGUAUGACGUACGAAGGCGGCCUUGGUACAUCCAGGGGGCAUCUUCUCCCAAAGACAUGGUCAUCAUUGUUGACGUGAGUGGCAGUGUGAGUGGCCUCACUCUCAAACUGAUGAAGACCUCAGUGAUGGAGAUGCUGGACACUCUGUCAGAUGAUGACUAUGUCAACGUGGCCAGGUUCAAUGAAAAGGCUGACGCAGUGGUGCCCUGCUUCAAGAAUCUGGUCCAGGCCAAUAUUCGCAACAAGAAAAUCUUCAAGGAGGCCGUGCAGCACAUGUCUGCCAAAGGCACCACAGACUACAAGUCCGGCUUCCAUUUUGCCUUCCAGCAGCUGCUCAAUGAUAGCAAUGUCCCGCGAGCAAACUGCAACAAGAUGAUUAUGAUGUUUACAGACGGAGGCGAGGACCGAGCACAAGACAUCUUUGAGAGAUACAACUGGCCCAACAAGACGGUGCGAGUAUUUACAUUCUCUGUGGGCCAACACAACUAUGAUGUCACCCCCUUGCAGUGGAUAGCUUGUGCGAAUAAAGGUUACUACUUUGAGAUCCCAUCCAUUGGCGCCAUCAGAAUCAACACACAGGAGUACUUGGAUGUGCUAGGACGUCCAAUGGUGCUGGCAGGGAAUCGAGCCAAGCAGGUGCAAUGGACCAACGUAUACCAGGAUGCCUUGGGCCUAGGACUGGUGAUAACUGGAACAAUGCCUGUUUUCAACCUCACUGCAGACGGGAGUUCUCAGAAUCAGCUCAUUCUUGGAGUGAUGGGAGUGGACAUUGCUCUCAGUGAAAUCAAGAGGCUUACACCAAGAUACAAACUUGGAGCAAAUGGAUACACCUUCGCCAUCGACCCAAACGGCUAUGUUCUCCUUCACCCAAACCUGCAGCCCAAGAUCAUUAAUUUCAGAGAGCCUGUCACUUUGGACUUCCUGGAUGCUGAACUGGAAGAUGAACACAAGGAGGAGAUCCGACGGCAGAUGAUCAAUGGAAAAUCGGGGAAAAAGACAAUUAGAACGCUCAUUAAGUCCGUUGAUGAGAGGUACAUUGAUGAGGCUGUUCGAACUUACUACUGGGCACCUGUUAAUGGCACAGACUAUAGUCUGGGUUUGGUACUUCCUAACUACAGUGAAUACCACAUCCGAGCCAACCUGAGUGACCAGAUCCUUCAGGUUCAGUUGCAAUACUACUAUUCCAAGGAUUUUGAAUCUCUGCUGCCAGUCAGUUUUGAUUCCGAGGGACAUGUAUUCAUUGCUCCCAGGGAAUACUGCAAGGAGCUAGAGCUCUCCAACAACAACACAGAGUUUCUGCUCAACUUCAUCGCUCUCAUGGAGAAAAUCACACCUGAUUCCAAGCAGUGUGAUAACUUCCUCCUUCACAACCUCAUCUUGGACACGGGUAUCAUCCGACAACUGGUGGAAAAGGUGUGGAAGGCCAAGGAUUUCGAUAACUAUGGUUUCCUGGCCUUGUUUGCUGCUACAGAUGGAGGCAUCACAAGAGUCUACCCCAACAAAGCUGCUGAAGACUGGGAUGAGGACCCAGAACCUUUCAACGCCAGCUACUAUCGCCGCAGCCUGGACAACAAGGGUUACAUUUUCCGGGCACCUUAUAGAACCCAAAACGACGAUAUCCUAAACCCAGAAAACGACACCAUUGGCAUCUUGGUCAGCACUGCAGUGGAGAUCUCCUUAGGCGGGAAAACGAUCAAACCUGCUGUUGUGGGGGUGAAACUUGAUUUGGAGGCUUGGGUGGACAAGUUCAAGAUACUGGCCAGCAACCAGUCUGACAGCCGACAGGGUUCACACAAGUGUGGGCCUUCCAGCAGUUGUGAGAUGGACUGUGAAGUCAAUAGUGAUGACCUCCUGUGCUAUCUGAUUGAUGAUGGAGGGUUCCUGGUUAUGUCCAACCAGAAAAGUGACUGGAAUAGGAUUGGCAUGUUCUUUAGUGAGGUGGACCCCAUCCUGAUGUACGCCCUCUACAAUAACUCCUUCUAUGACCGCAAGCAAUCUUUUGACUACCAGUCUGUCUGUGAGCCCGUGCCAAGCAGCAACACAGGUGCUGCACCCAGGGGGGUCUUUGUGCCCACCAUUGCAGACUUCCUCAAUUUGGCCUGGUGGACCUCAGCAGCAGCCUGGUCCCUGUUUCAGCAGCUGCUAUAUGGAGUGGCCUAUCACAGCUGGUUCAUCAAAGAAGACGUGGAGGCAGAGGGGAUGGACUCAAGAGAAACUAGCUGUGUCACAAUACAGACUCAGUACUAUUUCACCAAUGUUUCCAGCUCCUACAAUGUACUGCAGGACUGUGGCAACUGUUCCAGGCUGUUCCAUGCUAAGCGGAUAAAUAACACCAACCUGCUGUUCGUGGUGGCAGAAAAGAUGCCCUGUAACUCAUGUAAUAUAGAGAAGCUGUCACAGACGGAGACAGAGUUCAAGGUGGAAAACCCAUGUUUGGAGGUGCCUGUAGCACGGUACCGGAAAGGCCCGUCCACCUGCUUUGACUACAAUCUUGCGGAAAACACCUCGGAUUGUGGGCGGGGCUACUCAUUCCAGCCCUCGUUAAAGGUCCUGCUGUGUCUCCAGCUGCUUCUCUUAUAUCUGACAGCCUCCUCUUACAACCUGCCCUUCCCCUCAUCACUUUAAUUCCAUCUUAUUCUGCCUGCUCGUCCUCCUCUCCAUGCUCCUCCUCUCCCUUCAUUUACUUCCUGAUCCUCUUCACCCCUUCCUUUCCCCCUUCCUUCCUUCAGUCAUAGAUGAUGAUGGGACUUCCUGAUGCCCUGUUUUGGAAGCCCUGAGUACUGUUUCCCCUCCAUCAUGCUCGGUGACAUACAGUAGCUUCACGGGCGGUUGCUUAGCGACGGUUGUUGGGCUUUGUUGUGCAGCCAGUCACCUUCAUCCAGGGGAGGAGCUCUGUGUUCCUUCCACAGAAAAAGAAGAAAAAAAAAAAGAAAAAAACCACAAACGCCACGACCAGAAAAAAAAACGGCAUCAGAAGAAGAAAUAAAAAGAUGACGGAUGCUGCUCUCGUACACCUCCUGCCAGUACAGACACAUUUCUCAUCACCUUGCAACUGGUCAGGCAGGAGAAGGCGGAAGCGGUGGACAUUGGUCGCUCUCAUUCCUCAUGGACCUUUAGAAUUUUACUGGGCCUCGUCCCGUUUGUCUCAGAUAGUGGUCACAGUACCAUUCAGCCACAUAUAGCUACUGGAAAAAAAACUAACACUAAGACAAAAAAAAAACAACACAGAAAAAACAGUAAUUACCUGAAAUAUCAAGCAUACAAGAUUCACUUCCAUUCAUUAGGGUAUAAUUUGAAAGGGAAAUUGUUAUAUUUGACUGAUUUAAAACAUUAAUUUAUUUAUGCACUAUAUCUACUUCUUGCCAAAAUGAGAUAGACUUUUCAUGUGGUCUUAUUUUUUAUAGCCAAAUAGAAAGAGGAAAAGGAAGAAAAUAAAAUAAUGUUAAAUAAUCAACAUGAAUAGAAUAAUUAUCAAAAUACGAUCUCACUUCUAUCAGUAGAGACAGAGUGUCUCAGAGUAAUGACAUCAUCAGUGUGGGUUGUCUGUAGUUUUAUCCCAUGUAUUCCAAGGAGGCCAUCAUGCUCUUUGCAGAUCUGUGUCUUUAUGAUGUAAUAGCCCAGUGCUCUCCAACCUUGAAUGUCCCCUCUAACUGCUCGCCUGAGAGGUUAAGUGGUCCUUUCAGACACCGAAGACAAAGGUGCCAAGACAUUAUGUGUGCAAUUCAUCCUUUGUUGUUUUUAAAGACAGAGAAAUAUUUAUUGAGACCAUCUAGUAUAGCAGCCACUCAUGCAUUUGUUAUUGCUUGUUUUGGGUUGAAUUCAGCCUGUAGAAGACUGAAGAUAAGCUGUGCAGACCUUAUAUUGCAGAACUGAAAGUCCUUUCUAGGCUGUGCAUUCCCAAUGAUGUUGCCAUCAAUCAAGUCUGUAAUCUGGAAUUAUGUAAGAGUUGAGUUUAUUAUUAUGUAAUUAGUCUGAGAUUUAAGUUGUUUUAAAAAUGAUGAGGUUUUAUUAAGUAUAGUAUAUGAAUACUGUCUGGCCUGCAGCAGUCCCUCUCUGUAGUGCCUUUGGGCACACAUCCUGUUGGACAGCACUGGUAUUACAGUAACUUUUCUGACUGUUGUACUGAUGCACUUGUGGGGGGCCCAGCAAUGUAAGACCAUCAUUUCCUCAGUAUCAGCCCAAACUCUGUAAAGAACACACAUUUCCAGUAGAAAAAAAAACUGUUGACCUGGGAUCUUAAAUGACAAACACUCAGUUCAUCUUGUUGUCAUUUUUCUGUAUUCUAUGGCCUUGGGACGGUACAGUACAGGCCUGGAACCCUCCCCCGCCUCCUCCAAAAAAUAUAAAAUAACCCAGUCCCCUCAGCCACAGCCUCUCUCAAUGUGAAUGGGAAAGUCUUGAAUAUCUGGGUUGCUUGCUUAAACUGCCAGAACCAUCUUGACCACACUGAUCAAUACUGCUGAGGGGAAAGGGCAAGAAAAGUAUGAGGGAGAAGUUUGGAACAUGACCAUAGAUACAGAAUUAGCUGUUUACUACAAAGGAAUGUAUGUGAGUGCAAAACUGAAAAUGUAAUGUAACUGUAAUCUGGGGAGUGAUGGCAGUGGUAGUGUAGGCAUUCCUAUUUUUUGCCGGACAAACACUGUCCACAGUCAAAUGUGUUGUCAAAUGUGGAAAAUUGAACGUGUGUGGUUUUUCAAUUUUUUUUAACCUAACCUUUUUUGUCAUUUGAUGAAAAUGGUGGAAAGAGGAGUUGUCUCACCCCCCAUUGGUAGUUUUUACUGAGUUGUUGAAAGAAUGUUUGAACCGUUUUAUUGGUGUGUGUAUUUAUUUUUAAAGAGGUUGGUCGCAUUGUCUCAGCUUCUAGCCGCUUCAGUAUCUUCCGUGGAGUUUACGCACUUCACAGUGGCUUUGCAUUGUCAAAGUGGUCAAAUUGGUCAGUGUGUCUGGAUUCUUGAUUGAUUUAUGUGCAGAAAUAAUUGACAAAAAUGUAUCCUUUAACUGCCAUGGUUGUGUGCAAUAGGAAUUUGUAAUUUAUUCAGGAAUAGAUGGGAAUCAGAACAUAUUUUUAACCACAAGUAUAACAACAUUGCUGGUGUUUCAUUGCUACAAAGCAAAUAUUAUGGUUGGUUGUUAUCAUAUGUACAUGGAAACAACAAAACUACAACAUUAAAGAGUUUGGGGAAAGGCUGAAGUGCUGUCUUGAACUUGAAUCAGUUGAAAUCACAAUGUUGUGUUGUUAUUACGGUUUUUCAUAUCUGUAUGUUUAGCAGACAUUAAGUUGAGAAGACGUUCUCUUUUUCCCAGACAUAGCCUAGUUUUGGGACCAAAAAUAUCCGUCCCUACAAGAUUUAUACAUUCCUAAUUCGGGAUUUAGGUUUGCUUGCUUCAUAGACCAUAUAGAAAUGAACAAAUAGCCUAAUACUAUGUUCAUAAUGCCCAACCACCCCAUCCUCUUUAAAAAAAAAAAAAAACUAAAUAUGGUCACCGUAGCAACACCCAUAAAUCUUGUCACCGGUGCGCAUACACAUUUUGGUUUCCUUGUUAAAAUAUGUCUCAUAUUGUCCUUUCUCCAUUUCAUCUGCAUUUAAUUCCAUUUUAUAAUAUAGAAUAUCAAUCCUUCUGCCCCAAACAUACACAUGAAGACAUAUACAACCAAACACACAUACAUACACACACACGCCUGCAUACACACCUUCACUCUCUUCUCUUAUAACAGAAAUGGUUGAAUCCUAACUUUUUUUCACCUCCACUCUGCCCUGGUGGACUGAAACCUGUUUAUCUGUGUAUCAUUCAUUCCUUCUUGUCGUCAUCUUACAGUUCUUGCUCUUUGCUGUAGAUUUUACUCUGGAUUGUAACUGUCCUGUAUUCAGAGCUAAUUUGUGUCUUGUAUAUCAACAGAAGCUGUGCUUCAUCUCACUCUCAAUGGAGCAUCGAACACUGCAAUCCAGACCAUUCAGAUACUGUGUAAAUAUUAGUGCAGCCAUAAAACCUGUUUCUGGAAAAAAAUUUAAAAACAAGCGAAUAAGUAUUUAAAAACAUAUAUAUUUUGUUUCACAGAAUACAAGCAAAGCAACUGAAUAACUCAUAGCGAACUGGUACUCCACAUAUUCAAGAUUCAGAUCUGUGAAAGAGGCAUUAAUUAAAGGACUUAUCAGUAAUAGUGAGCACUGUUAUCAUUAAAAGUUCCAUUAACAUACCCGAAAAAACCCUGGAGAGAACAGGUCUGAACGGACAGAUGUACCCAUGUGAGAAUAGCGAGAAAUUACUGACAAUCUCUGUUUGAUUGAGUGUGUCAGUGCUGGAGAAAUAAGUUACUGACAAUCUGUGAGCUGUGCAAAUGAGAACCCGCCCUACCUGUACAUACAUCAGAUUACUUGUUUCCUUUGUGUGUGUGAAAUGGCAGUGGGUGGGGACAUUAUGGCUAUUAGACAAAAAAUGGCAUGUUUGCAUUGAGGGAAAAGUACUUAGGACACAUAACAAACUUAAGAAUGCUAUUAGAAUGUUGUAUACAUUUCUUGAUUUCAAUUGAAGAAAAGUGAAUUUGUAUUCUGCAAACAACAUUUGGAGUAUUAAUAGCUCUUAUUGCCUUUCUUCACUUCCAUGAUUAGUAGGUUUUUACAUUACAAUAUUUCUUUGGCUAUGUAUCUGCUGUGUUUUGCAUUUAAUCUUAAAUGUUGGGGCAUUUUCAUUCUGUCCUCCAAACAGAAUCUCAUGUAAUGGAAAAUGCAUGUUCCUUUGUCCUUAAUUUUAUACCUAUACUACAGGCACGAGCUCUGUUUCAGAGAAAACUGCAUCUGUAGAAUUAACAAGAAAUGUCUAUCAAGUGCAAACAUGAAUAUUGAUUUUACAUCACCAUUUUCAGUAUUAUUACAUUUUCAUUAAAACCUUACACCUUCACUUUAAUAUUUUGGCUAUUUCUGUGCUUCAUUUGUGAAGUAAUGGAUUUGGUAUGUAAGAGUUUGUUCUAACCCACUGGGAGCUAAUGGAUCUUACAACUGGCAUUUCAGCAACAUUAUUUAUAUUGAUGUCAUCAUCUGUUCAUGUUUGCAUUGCAGUUUUCUCAAGUUAUAGUCAGCAUGUACAUUUCAAGAUAAUGACCACUAUUCUACAUUUUUUUUAUUUAUAGUGGCCCUUAAAAGGUAUGUUCUAAUCAUAUCUUUUUUGCAGUAUGACAACACACAACAUCCAAAUGAAAAGCCUGUGGCAUAUUUACUCAGCUGUACCUUUCAGCCAAAGUUAUACCAGCUUUCAGGUUUCAACUUUGUUUUGCAGUUCUUAUAAAGCGUUAAAAAAAAAAGAAAAACCAGCUCUACCGUCCCUUGCCUUCGAAGGUUGCUCCAUUGUGCAUUACACUGAUUCCUUGCAGUACUGUUUAGUACAUGUGAUGAGCUUGGUUUUUUGUGAUUUCUUUUUGCUGUGUUUUUCAAUGGCUUAAUUUCUUGCCCCUGCAUAACAGACAGGGCCACAGUGUCAGUUACAUCUGGGCGGUCCUUACAGUGCCACAUGAAAAUCAGCCGAGGAUGCCAGACAUGCUGGGGUGUUAAAAGGAGUGGUGUGGUUUCCUUGGAGCGGCAGCAUUAGACUUUUGGCCAUGCUGUACAGGUGUCCUCAGUGGCACCCCCUGGUGGCAGGGGGCCACAGUGUGGUUGUGCCUCUGCUUGGCCCAAGCAGAAGGUCCUGGGCUGCAGGACACAGGUGUGUUUUCUGUGAGUUGAGAAAUUUAGGUUUGACAAAAAAAAGGAAGAAAAAAAAAAAGAAACCAUUGUAGCCCAAAUGGAGGGGUUAAAGUGGGUGUGGCUUCUCCCUCACCCACUGUCUUUUUCCGUCACCAUAUCUGUGUAGGUGCGUCUUAUAUGGGAAAGCCUGUGACGAAGACAAGUGUGUAUGUGAUUCUGUAGUCUGUAGUCUGGUGCUAUGUGAUGAUGUUUGACAAAUGUGUAAAAAAAAUAA